GAAGAGAUUUAUAUGGUGUGAUCACCUCGGUGUUUCCAUCUGUGGUGGUGACUGAUUAGUCAUCCACUCCACACACACCUGUCACUGCUUCAGAAGGCUGCGCACCAGUGAGAGGAUACGCUACAAACAGGCUGUUUCUUGGUAGGCUGUACACAGGUGAAUUUGGGAGACAAUGAACAGUCUGGAGGAUGUUCCAUUUCAAACCCCAAUGGGCUCACUGGGGGCGUCAAAGGAAAUGGAGCUGGUGAUGGCUCCGAACAUCAACAUCCCAGACCACCUCCAGAUCCUGCGAGACACUGAAUACCAGUUUGCCCUGGAGAACUGGGUUUUGACCGGGCGGCAGGGUUCUCGCAAUAGGGGAACCCAGCCAGUUGGUCAGGCCUCAUGUUGUGGGUCUGCUCCAUCCUGCCCUCCGUACUGGCUGAUGUUCAGCAGCCCUCAGGAGAGUCGCUGGGCCAGACGCAGCAGCAGCGACCUGUGGGCCCCUGCCCCUCGUCCUCGGAGUCACAGCCUGAAUUCUGCACACUCCCACUGCCUGCACCACUGCACCGCCAGGUUCCACGCUGCGGACUCAGAGGAUGAGGCUGGCUAUUCUGAGGACAAUGAGGGUUCCUCCACCGAUGAUGCAUCUCAUCUACCCAGGAGCAGAGAGAGGCCGAGGACUGCUGCACCAAGAGACCCAGUCUCCAGAGUCAAAGACCUCCACCUUGGCCCUUCUGCUCACAACUACAGGCCUCUCACUCCUCAGUACCCCGGAGGCCGCAGGACCUCCUCACCUGCAGACUGCAGACAAUCUCAGCACAUUUCACAGCAGGCCAGUCCCCUCUGCAACGGGCAGAAGAACGGCAAGAAGAGACAACGCUCACAGAGCUGCACAAACAGAAAGUACUCCCUAAACUCACAGACUGUUGUCCCUGUUCCAGCCAGGCUGCUGCAGCAGCCACGGCCCUCAUCUGCAGGACCAAUUGGCAGAAUCCGCAGGCAGAAGGCUCUGCGGACUGGUGGCUCCCAUGGUGUUUUCUUUGAUAUAUCUGCUGAGCUGAUGUCAGCCCUCAGCCAGGAGGAAAGGGAGUUGCUUGAAGCUGUCACUGAGAAGGGUUAUCCUUUACGCACAGCCAUAGUGGCACUGCAGAAGACAGGCUAUCGCAGCCCAGAGAAGAUUCUGACUUUCCUGAUGGCAAGUGACCGUCUGUGCAAACUGGGCUAUGAUGAAGCCCAGGUGGAAGAGGCCUUGGAGAUGUUCCAGAACUGCGAGAGCAAGGCUGCUGAGUUCUUGCGCCUCCUGACACAGUUCAAUGAGAUGGGCUUCCAGCAAAAUGUGAUCAAAGAGGUGCUGCUUGUCCAUGAAAACCACCGGGAGAGGGCCCUCGAAGAGCUGAUGACACGCAUGGGUUAAAUAGAAAAUCUUCCUAGUUAAGGCUAGAUGGACAGGAGAUCAUUUUCCUUGUCUGUGUCAAAUGUAGUAAUGAUAUAGUCAUAACCAAAUGCUAAAUAGGGGAUACUGCUGUGUGAUUUUGUCUCUCUGAGUAAAUAAUUAAUGAACCUGUAUCACCAUACUGACUGUAGAUGCUACAAUAAAGAUACCCAAGGCAUAGCUGUGAAAUUCUAUUUUUAAAAAAUGCAUUGUCUAUCAUUUACAGAAAAACAAAUAAAACAUAGUUAUACUCUGUAAAAAGUCAA